AUGGACACAGCAGCACCCUCCCCGUGCCCGUGCCAGCAGGGUGACCCUGGCUGUGCUCUGUCCCAGGUGAGCAGCCUGCCCCGCGGGCCGGGCCGGGGCCGGGAGCAGCGCGUCCUGCUCAUGGUGAUGGUGAUGGUGCUGUGCUUCCUCCUCUGCUGGCUGCCCUACGCAGCUGUGGCACUGCUGGCCACCUUCGGGCAGCCUGGCCUCAUCAGCCCGGCAGCCAGCAUCGUCCCAGCCAUCCUUGCCAAGAGCAGCACUGUCUACAACCCCAUCAUCUACGUGUUCCUGAACAAACAGUUUUACAGGUGUUUUGUGGAGCUCCUGAGGUGCAACAAAUCCCCCCAGAGCUCCUUGCCCAGGCUGAAACAGCAAGAACAAACCCCAGGUUCUGAAGAGCUUCUGCCAAAGCCCAGCCAAGCCCAAAGGAGAGAUCCAGAGCUUGGUGCUGUAGGAGGGCUCCAAGAAACAAGCUGCAUGUGAGGAGAGGGGCACAAGGCUCUCCAGGAGGGAAUGGCCAGCCUGCAGAUGGUCCCUCUCACCCUGGCUUGGAUUAACUCCUCCAAAAAGUCUCAUGUUGCUUUUCAAACAAACCUGAACAGAUCAUGAUGAACUAUGCAGUUACAGGGUAAAGCUCUACUGAAAUUUAAAGUGCGUGUAUUGGUUAUGUUUCAAAGUUUAGAAAUUGCAGCUGAAACUUAGGAAAAUAUGUAUUUUAGGGACUUUUCUCUUAAAUUGUCAGCUUACAAAGUUAGUGCAGCAAAAGAUAACUUCCGCCAGCACUCAGUGAAGGAGCAGCUCUGAAUGCUCAGCCCUCAGCUGGGCAGAGCUCCUGUCUCUGGAAUCGCUGGAAAUGCCACUUGUUGAGCAUUAGGAACAAAGCAGAGUGUUCCUUUGAGCAAGGGGGCUCUGGGGGCACCUAUGGGGCCAAGGGGAGCCAGGGAGGCUGAGAGUGCAGGGCAGCCCUGGGAGCGGAGCUGGGAAACAAUUCUGCUGAAACAAUUCUGCUGAAACAAUGUCAGGAGCCAGGACAUCCCUCUGGCUGUCCUGAGCAGCCCAGACCCCUGCCAGGGGGCUCAGAGACCCUGGCACAGAGCCCAAAACACUGUGGGUUUGAUUAUGGCCCAUGGAGCAAAUUACCAACCUUGGAUGAAGAUCUGCAAGUCAUGGCAAAUUAAGUAGAAUAAUAGUGAAGUUAACACAGGGUGAAAAAGUAGAUUUUGGGGUUUUUGGUA